AUGGCCGCGACUCCAAGAGCUAUUGCCGUAGGGCCGGAGCCCGCGCCUCUGAAGCCAGAAGCCACUUUCGUCGAAGACAUCGCCAUCACGGAGAAAGGGGAUGGUGCUGGCCGCGAGAACAUCGUGACCACCUACCGUGCCUACACUCCCGAAUUUGCUGCUCGCAUUGAGAAGCAACUGCUUCGAAAGAUCGAUAUACGCAUCAUGCCGCUGGUUGUCAUCAUCUACAUCUUCAGCUAUCUCGACCGGAACAGCAUAACUCAGGCGCGGUUGUACGGCCUUGAAACCGACACGCAUACUACGGGCUCGCUGUACAACACGGCUAUCGCAAUCUUCUCAGCUGGCUACGUAGCGAUGCAACUGCCAUCAACGAUAUUGAUGACGAAAUUGCGUCCAUCUAUCUACCUGCCUACCACCAUCAUCGUUUGGGCCGUUGUGAGCGGUUGCACAGGUGCAACAUCCAGUCCUGCGGGCCUCCUCGUUCUCCGUUUCCUGCUCGGCAUCGUCGAGGCGCCAUUCUACCCGGGCGCGGUGUACUUCCUAUCCUGCUGGUAUACGAAAAAGGAGUUGGGCAUCCGCAUGGCCUUUCUGAUCUGCGGGCUGCUCCUCUCUAAUGCCUUCGCCGGCCUACUGUCAGCCGGAAUCCUCGAAGGAAUGCAGGGUGUGACGAAACUUGCGGCGUGGCGCUGGUUGUUCAUCAUCGAGGCGCUGGCGACACUAGUGAUCGCUGCUAUUGCUUUGGCUUUCCUCCCGAAUUAUCCUGGCACGACGAAGUGGCUCAGCGAGGAAGAACGUGUUGUCGCACAGGGCCGGCUCGCAAAGGACGUAGCAAGCGAGGAAGUGCUCGACGAAGAGAAGGUAUCCAUGUGGAAAGGCGUCAAGCUGGCGCUGAAGGACUAUCGCACCUGGCAGUUCGCCGGGCUGCAGAUGACGGCAUCGGCCUCGAUUUCCUACUCGCACUACUUCCCCACGCUGAUCAAAGAGUUGGGAUUCAAGAGCAACGUCACGAGCCUGCUGCUCACGUCACCGCCCUACGUCUUUGCCUUUCUUUGGGCGCUGUCGCUCGCAUACAACGCGGAUAGACGGCAGACGCGCUCCCCGCAUGCGAGCAUUUCGAUGGUCAUGUGCAUUAUAGGGAGCAUUCUUCUGAUGACGGUCCCUGAACAUCAGCGCUGGGCACGCUACGCCUUCACGUUUCUGGUAGCAGCUGGCUCCUUCGGCGUCUACUCGACGACAUACACAUGGCUGUCAUCCACCAUUAUCCGGCCUCCAGUCAAACGCGCGGCCGCCAUCGGCUUCGCUAAUACCAUAUCCAACGCUGCGGCGCUGUACGCGAGCUACUUCUGGCUCGACAAGUAUCAGCCGACAUUCCGCGAGUCCUGGGGGUGUUCGUUGGCCUUCAUGGUGUUUGGACUAUUCGUCAUUCUUAGUCUGAGGCUCGUGCUACAGCGGGGCAAUCGCAGGUUUGACAAAUUAGCAGCCGAAGUAGAUGUCAACGACUACGCUGCUAUGGCGAGGUUGGAUGACGAUGCGACAAGGGCUGUUAAGAAUGGAUUCCGGUAUGUUAUCUAAAGGAUGCGAGGCUCGAGCUCUAUUCUGGGGAUGGAUGUUUGGGGGCUAGGAUGUGCACUGGGCAAUUGAAUCAAUACAGGUGGG